AUGUCUUCAGGAGAUUCAGCCAUUUUCCGAUUCAAUUUUUCUGUUGAAGAAGAAGAAGAGGACGAAGUGAUGAUGACGAGUGAUGAUGAAAAAAACAUCACGAAUUCAGAAGAACAUUCGAAAAUUACAUUUCAUCCAUCCAUCUCAACCAAUUCGGACCAGUCGACGAAUCAUGAUGAUUCUUCAUCCAAUUUGGCUCCUUUCGAAAUUGUGAAAAUUCCAAAAUUAGAUGAAAUUAAUUAUUUAAAACAAUUUUCAAUUGAAUGGAGAGGUGGACUCAUGAAAUAUAUUAAUAUUACUACAAAAUUACAACAUGAACAUCACAUCUCUCAAACUACAAAUUCAGAUAUUGUAAAAAACAAAUACGAAGGUGGAUUUAAAUUAUGGGAAUGUUCUGAAGAUUUAGUUGAAUAUUUAAUGAAUAAUUUAAAAUUUGUUCAUGAAUUUGUGAAGAAUAGAAAUGUAUUGGAAUUGGGAUGUGGACAUGCAUUGCCUGCUAUUUAUUGUUUAUUAAAAGGAGGAGCAAAGAAGUGUGCCUUUCAAGAUUAUAAUAAGGAAGUGAUUGAAUUAUUGAGCAUUCCAAAUUUACUCUUAAACAUGAGUUGUUCAUUGACAAGUUCAGAUCAUUCUCACCCCAGUGCACCUCUAUUACUUGAUGAUACACAAUGUCAAUUCUUUUCAGGUGAUUGGGUUUCCAUGAGUGAACAGUCCAUCAUUCAACACGAAUAUGAUUUAAUUAUAAUGAGUGAUACGAUCUAUUCUGUUGGUUCUUAUGAAAAGUUAUAUCGAGUGAUUCGAUCAGCAAUUAAACCAGGUGGAAAAUUACUCGUUGGAGCUAAAUCCUAUUACUUUGGAUGUGGUGGUAGCACUCAACAAUUCAUCCAUUUUGUCAAACAAAAAGAUUGUCAUGUCCAAGUAGAGACUCUCAAAGACAUUCGAGAUGGUGUCAGUAAUGUGAGAGAAAUUCUUCUCUUUACCUUUCCAUGA